CUUAUAGCAUGUUUGAAAAAGUCAUUUGAUUUUUAUUUGAGUUUUGUCUUGGUUUACUUAUAUUACUGGAAAGUGGAAGCGUCUCUUUAUUGCAGCAGUUCUUUUAAUUAUAGAAUCUAAUUAGAAAUGGAAGAAAUAGCGAUGGCGAAAGUAUUCAGCAAAUUCUUGCAACUCCCUUUCAUAACUACGACGUUGGAAAACAGAAUUCAGUAAUUGAUUAAAAAUAGUUGUAAAUGUAAUAUCACGUUAAUGUAGUAUUGGCCCUUAAUGGGUUAAAAUAAACGAUUUGAUUGGUGGAGAUAUUAGUCGAGAUAUUCGUUGAAAAAGCAGCUCGAGCUUUAAUCUCGGGUCGCAAGGGCUAUCGAAACGUGGCACUUGUCUCUUUUUGCCACUCGGCUUUGGUAAAGUCGAAGGUCUGUUCAGUGCAGAUCGAAGAGUUCCUUCGCGAUUCUCGUCCCGAGCAGAGGUUCCAGAGGAAAAGAGAGAAAAUUAACAAAUAGUGCGAACAACAGUCUGAUCGAAUCAUCGGAGAGUUGAAGGAAGGAUAUCUGGAGUAAUUUACGGUUGUUGUUUCUACCAUUGUGAUAAGCGAAAUGACCAAAGUGUCAGGAAUGAUAGAGACGGAAGACGCCGUCGGCAAGCCAACUCUGGUACGACGUAUGUCCAAUAUGCUGAAAGAUGGAAGUAACAGUGGACCACCGAUGCUGUUUCGCCAUGCCUCAAUGCAGAAGAUUCGCCAUUGCUGCCAAAACUUAAAUCUCUUUCCAUAUCUGCUCUACUCCUUCGGUAACUCGAAAUCGCAUCCAGUUGCACGAAAGGUGCACCAUUGCCUUGGUCAGUUCCUUCAGCUCAUCACCGCGAGGAUCUUCUUCCUAUGCAGGAGUUUCCGACAGUCGCUGCUACGCGGUAUUCGUUCGAAGGAGUUUGAAGUAGCGGAGCCACCAAAGAGCGUCGAAUUUUGCAAGUUGACGCCACGAUUCCGAAUGACCAGGCUACAGAAACGAAAACAAGAUAGCUGCCUGUUCUUGACCCUAGCUGUAUACUUCGCCCCUCUGCUGUUGGUUUUCCAACUGAUCGGGCUGGCCAGUGCGAUGGUCUUCGAAAAAUACACGCCCGGUUUCAUUUUUCUGUUCUUCGCCCUGUUGUUCCUCGGAUGCAUCUCGCUCAAGAUUCUCUUCCACGAGAGCGCCGAGGAGAGCCGUAAAAGUGUGAAAAUCAAAAUGCAAUGAUCAUGUUCCGGUUGUCGUUGCCAUCACUCUGCGAUCAGACUGUUUAUCAGAUAAUAGACCAGAGAGUAUUGAGAGUCUCUUUUACAAUUCCCCAUUGUCGCAUUUGAUUACUUAAACGACGCGAUGCCAGAUAGAGCUUACAUAUUACUUCUGUAUAUCGCAUGAAACUAGUUUGUCCAUGCUUGUUCAUACCCUUUUUUUUAUUCCCUCAUACUCUGCCUUUCUCACUCUCUCUUUCUCUCUCUUUUUCUUCCUUUCUCUCUUUCUAUAAUAUACAUAUGUAUGUUAGUUGCCCAUCGAUGGCUUUCUAGUUAGUCUAGAAUUUCGAGUCGAUUGGUUCGCAAGUUCCAUGUUUUUUUUUUUUUUUUUUACAUUUCGUUAUUAUCGGACUGAUACAUGUAAUCGUACGCGUAAGUAACGUAGUUGCAACUUUAGAGGAUAGACAGUUUGUAACCACGUGCUUCAGAUUACGAAUACGGUCUUUUUUUGAAGAAGUUCGUACAACAUAUGUAUUGCUUUUAUCUACGCAUAAUCUUUAUUCUUCCUUUUAUUUCUCUUUUUUUUUUUAACUUCUUUUCGUUUUCUCGAAUUCCAACUUCCGAGAAUUACUUAGCAUUUCAUAGGCGCCAUAUGAACGCUAUGUACACAUGUAAAUGAAAUGCAAUUUACGAGUUACCUGGAUAAUGUAUCGCGGUUCACCUUAUCCUCUACGGCAGAAGACUGAAAAUCGUUUUAACUUGUAUAUAAAAGAGGAGAAGAUAUAUAUUAAAAUAUACUAUGUUAUAUAUGUA